GUAGCCCUUUCUGACUUCGCCAAUUACCUGACACGUGGCGUGCAGCGACGGGUGGAGAUGAUGGUGGCGUACAAGGUGGAGGCCAAGCUGGAUAGAUACAUCCCCGACGGAUUCUCAUACACGGACGCCGUAAAGAUGCAGAUCGCGAUCUACAUCGCCAAGGGCCUUGUCGCGCCCUACUUCCCCCCAGAGGAUGCUGAGCAGGAGGCUCGGGAGGCAGCGGAGGAGGCUCGGAAGGCAGAAGAGGAGGCUCGGAAGAGGCUUGAGGAGGAGAAGCGGAGGCAGCAAGAGGAGGGGCAGGAGAGCAGCGGGUUCUGGAGCCUCUUCUCAUGGGACGAUGGGGAGGAGGAGGAGGAGGAGCAGAAGAAGGAGGAGAAGAAGGAGGCUGAGUCUUACCUCAUGAGCUUCUUCCAUAAAGAAGUGGAGGAGAAGUCAGAGGCGGCGCAGGCAGGGGCAGAGAGGAUUGUGGUGGCACGAUACGCACAGAAGAAAGCCGAAGCAGAGGAUUCUGCGAAGGAGGAAGAAGAGGAGCAGGGCGUGCUUGCCACUAUCAGCAACUUCUUCAGCUCCAGCUAG